CCCCAUCUUCCCCGAAACCCACUUGUUUUGCAUUAUCCUGCAUAAAGGGUCCUCCUCACUUUGUUCUACUCCCCCCUUUAUUCCUACCGCUCAACAUGGCGAAAGCCGAGGGUGGCCCCAAGCCGGGCCUGGCAAAGAGAAUCUUCUUGAUGCUUGCACCAGACUCGGCAAAAGAUGACGAGGGUCGUGACAACUUUAACUCGCGAUCGCAAUUCGUUCUCUGUGCCAUGGGCGGCGCUGUCGGCCUGGGUAACCUGCUUCGAUUCCCGUCUGUCGUGUUUAACAACUACGGCCUGCAGUUCUUCAUUCCAUAUGCCGUCGCACUCUUCCUUAUUGGAAUCCCUAUCCUGAUCCUCGAAAUCACACUCGGACAGGCCUAUCGUGGUGGCUGCGUCAUUGCUUGGAACAACGUCAACCAUCGAGCAAAGGGUAUUGGCCUGUCCAUGGUGUUCAACGGUUUCAGCGUCGUGGGCUACUAUGUCCCGAUUCUGGCUUGGGCCAUGACAUAUUUCCGACUAUCCUUCAAGAGUCCUCUUCCUUGGGCGGGUGGCGACACUGUCGACUUCUUCUUGAACGAGGUUGUUCGUAAUGUCCCUCCAACCGGAGGUGAUGAGGAUGGCGGUGGUCUCAAGUCUUAUCCCGGCCGCGGCAUCAUUGGCGAGACCUUUGGCUGGGGUAUCAUGAUUUGGUUCGUCGUCUGGAUGUGUACCUUCAAGGGUGUUGGUCUUACAGGACGCGUCAUUUACAUCACCAUGGCCUUGCCACUCGUCAUGAUUGGAAUUCUAGCCAUCCGAUCACUUUCGCUUCCCAAUGCCUCUGAUGGCUUCAAGCUAUAUGUCGGCAUGUGGCGAAGCGAGUCCCUCGAGGGUCCCCGAGUAUGGCAGGAUGCCUUUGGACAAAUGUUCUUCUCGAUUGGUGUUGGUUUCGGUUACUUCACGUCGUACGCCUCAUACAACAACAAAUUCGCCAACGCGGUUCAGGAUGCUUUCAUCAUCGCACUCAGCAACUCAGCCAUCGAGAUCACGUCCGCAUUGGCUGUCAUGGGCGUUGUCGGAUUUCUGGCCAUCAACCCUGGAGAGGUAGAUCCCUUGUCUACCUUUAGCUCGGGCUUCUUCUACUACCCAGAGGCUCUUGCGCAAAUGCCCGGUUCCAACUUCUUCUCGGCAUUGUUCUUCUUGACCUUGGUUCUUCUUGGACUCACAUGCGUGUUUGCCUUGGCCGAGGUGCUAGUCACGCUCCUCUGUGACACUGACCUUGGUCAACGUGUGCCUCGCUGGGUCAUCUCUACCUCGGUUAUUAUUCUCGGUGUUUUGACUACACUCAUCUAUUGCAGCGAGUUUGGCUUCAACACUCUGGAUGCUGUUGAUAUGUUUGUCAACGACGUCGCUCUCUUCAUUACCGUCUGGUCUGAGACCUACAUGGCCUGUACGCUUUACCGCUGGAGAGACCCUGUUGACCAAAUUGGAGCCAUCAGCUAUUUUGUCUACAAUGGCGGUUACGUCGCCUCCAUCGUCAUUGGUCUCCUCCUUGGCCACCUCGUGAACCCUAGUGUUGGUGCUGGCGUUGGCUUUGGCAUUUUCAUCGCCUGCGCUCUAUUCUCUGCCUUUGUAGGCAAGACUCCAACUGUCCCUGCUCCCAGAUUCUGGGGUAGCAACCCGAUCCUCAGCCGGUUCUGGUAUACGGCUUUCUACUCGGGCAACCAACUGCGCCGGGACCUGAACCGUGCCAUCCUCGGUGGCUCCAAGAACUGGAAGAUUCAUUGGGUUUGGCCCAUCUGCCUCAAGUACAUCACCGGUCCUGCUGUGGCACUGGUGUUUUCUUUUGCCUACCCCAAGUUCCUCAACGGUCACGCCGACGACCCACCAUUCAUCUACAGUUUCGUGCUCAUGCACAUGGUUGUCAUUUUCAUCAUUGGAGCAUUUGUCGCUCCCCGCUUCCUCAACAUCCUCAUCCCCGGGCACCGUGUCGCUCGUGGUGAUGGCAAGUAUGAGGUGGCACCCCAGAUCACCGUGGGCGAAACCCCCGUUCUUAACGAUGGUGGCCUCGAAGGUGGCAAUACGCUGACAAGGCUGUUCGGAGGAAUGAUGCUGCCGUGCCUGAGCCUUCGUCCGUGGAGUACAAGCAGUAGUUUCUCUCCCUACGCAAUGGAACGCUUUCACUUCUUUGUGGCAAGGGUCGUGUGGAUAAUUAGGUAACUAUGGAGUGUUUAAGUUGAGAAGGACUCCAUUGUCACAUUCCCUGCAGUUAGCCGGUGGAUUGCAGAUGGCCCUCAACUCAUAGGUAGCAGCUAUAGCAAUCACCGACGUUUCUUAUAUUCUCG